GUUCAUUGUGAAUAUUUCUUUAAAAAAAAAAAAAAAAAAAACACUACUUUAUAGAAAAUAAUUUUUUCGAAAAAAUAACAAUAAUUACAUUAUCUAUGGAUUUAUUCCUUAAAUCAGUUUAUAAAAAACAGUGUAAUUAUUCAAUACACUUGUGUAUAAAUAAAUUGAAUAAUUUAUCGAGAAAUUUAUAAAACCAAAUUCGCGAUUUCCGGGUGAGCGAAAAAACAAAAAAAAAACAUGUGAUAUUAUAGAAUAAUAACAACGAUUUUAAAAUAAUAAUUAAGCGCGUCGCGUUUAAAGUUAUUUUUCGGGGAAAAAAAAAGAUUCUCUAUUUAGAAGUGAAAAUGUCGAAAUCUGUCAUCAUGGAAAUAUCUACGGAAAAUGCGAAGAUCACCGACUCUGGAUAUUCAAAUUCGUGUAGCAAUAAUAGUCGAUCUUUGAAUAGCAAUGAUUGUUCAAAAUCGAAAAAUAGCAACGGUUCAGGCAGUUAUGGCUAUGGCAGUGAACUUCCAUCUAAUUUUGGAUCCAGCAAUGAGGCUCUACCACAGUCAAUCAACAAAAGAAAGGAUACAGAUCACAAGAAGAAGUCUAAAACAACUUUGGCGAUUAAUGCCGAUUCGAAACCGGAAGUUAAUGUUUUCAACACUCCAUUGAAAACGAUUUUUGAUAAAAUAACAGAUGAACAAGCAGUAGUAGAAAUGAUGGACAUCACGGAUACCAGACAACCCAACGACAAAUUGGUCUCCGAUUAUGAAGCAGGACUUGAUCCUCAAAUCAAUUCUCUGGAUGAUUCCAACUUUCAAACGAAUGACAAAUUUACUUUGGUAAUUUCCAUGAGAAAGGGUCUGGUCGUCUACACAACUUUUAGUGAAGCUCUUGGCUAUUCCAAGGACGAUUGGAAGAUGAAAUCAUUUCUCGAAUUAAUUCAUCCAAGUGACAAGGAGGCUUUCUUUAAUCGUGUCAAUGAAAUUAUUAUUGCCUAUCAAGAAUUAUAUUAUGGUGAUAGUGAAGCAAAAGUGACAUUAUUUUGUAAACUACAAUAUAAGGAUGAUUUUAACAUAAAUCGACAUUCAAUUUCCGUCAAUUCAAAUCAUUGUGAACCAUUUUACUUGACAUUGAUAGUGAAAGAUUUACAAAAUUGUGUCGACGAAGAACAAUUUGAAACAAUGUUCCUAGUGGUAAAGGCUCAAUCAGUUCAAUCUGCAUACAAAGAAUCAGAAGAAAUAAUAUCAUCUUCAAUAUUCACUACCCGCCAUACUGCGACUUGCUUUAUAUCCCACGUUGAUCCUGAAGUAGUCCAAUAUUUGGGCUAUCUACCACAGGAUAUGAUUGGCCGUUCGCUUUUUGACUUCUAUCAUCCUGAGGAUCUGCCUCUCAUCAAAGACGUCUAUAAGACUGCAUUAUCACUUAAUGGAAUCCCCUACAAGUCAAAGCCCUACAGAUUUAUUAUCAAGAAUGGUGAUUUCGUUGUUCUUGAGACUGAUUGGACGGCCUACAUUAAUCCAUGGACAAGAAAACUUGAACAUAUUCAAGGUCAACAUAGAGUCAUUAAAGGACCAUUGGAUCCAAAUAUAUUUCGUGAAUCUGUAAAAUCAAUCAACUUUAGUGAAGCAGUGCUUGCUAAUGCUGCAAUUAUUCAAAAAGAAAUUCUAGUUCUCUUACAAGAGGAGAACAAGAAGAAUGAAAAUGAAGUCAACAAUAGUUGCAAAUAUCUAGUACCGCUCAUAAUGUCUCUAUUUCAAGAGAUUCUGGCACCAAGAAGUAUUAAGGACACAGCAGUGAAUGCACGAAGUUUUUCGGGACAACCCUUGUUACAGGAGCACGAAAGUGUCAUUCUUGGAGGAAUAUCACCACAUCGUGAAUACGAAGACAGCAAAUCAUCAACUGAAACACCUCCAAGUUACAGUCAACUUAAUUACAACGAAAAUAUGCAAAGAUUUUUCAAAAGCAAUCCAAUGGCAACGGCAAAUUAUGGUAGCAGCUAUGAAGAUAAUACAACGGGAAAUAGUGUUGAUGAAAUUAAAAAAGAUAAUUCCUCUGAAACCAAAUAUAUGUCACCAAAUGCAGAAAGCGGUCAAAGUGGAAGCGACAGUGGCAAUGGUUUUAAUAGUCAAUUAAAUUUAAAUACAAUGGGAAAAAAUUAUGGAGAAUUGCCAAUAUUGACUGUAUCAUUAUUAAAUAAACACAAUGAGGAUAUGGAAAAAAUGAUGGUACAAAAGCACAAAAUUUUUAGAUCUAAUAUUAAAAAAAGUGAUAAGCUUAAAGAAUCAAGAGUUAAAGCCAAAGAUGAAGAACAAGAUCUCAAAGUUUCGAAAGAUCAUGGAAUUAAAAGACGAAGAAGCGAUAGUUUAGAUAAAAGUCACAAGGUACCAAAAAAAAUCUGUAAAAUGGAAUCAAUUCCAUUAAAUAAUACAGGAACGACAAAAACAUUAAACAAUGAACAAACAAAUUCGAUAAAUACGAAUUUAUGGUCACCUCAUUCUCUACCUAAUAUAAAUAGCACUCAUUCAAAUUUUCCAGCAAUGCCAAUGAAUCCAUCAAUUUCAUCAUAUUGUUAUAAUGAUUUAACAAUGAGUCAAAAUCAAAACUUAAGAAGAAAAUUAAAUGAAAAUACUCAAACACUGCCGACAGUUUCUGUGCAUAUGAUACAGCAAAAUUCAUGCUUGCCUUACGAAGGAGCAAGAAUUCCUGUUUUUUAUUCUACAAAUCUUCCGCCAUCAGUGACACUUAAUCCUUGUAAACAAUUUUUAAUUCCCGAUUCAAGUGAAUUGAAAUUACCUCAAAAUUCUGAUGAUAAAUUGCAUCAACAAAAAACGUCAAAUUUGUCAACUAAAGAAAAAUUAGCGACAAUUUCAACAUCUUCGAAAAAGAUAACAGAUAUGGAAACAAAUUCUUACAAGAAUUACACCAUUGAAGGAUCGAGUACUUCAAGUUUUUACAGCAGUUUUCUUAGUAAAAGUACAGAAACAAAUAGCAAUUCCGGCUCUAGAUCACAGGGAUUUAAUUCACAGUUUCAAUCAAAUUUAUCAAGCGAUAAGAACAGGCGUCCUUAUGGACGCCAAUCUUUUGAUAGUGCUGAUGAUAGCAUUGAAUCUCAAUUAUUAAUAUGCUGGACAAAUCAUCAGCAGGAAAAUCAAAAAAGGGAGCAGCAACAAUCGUUGCGAAAGGAACCACCAUGGCUUAAAGGAGUUCAAAUGUCACCAGCAUUGAUAUAUCAGUAUCAAAUUCCAGAGAAAUCAUUAAAAGAAGUUUUAAAUACUGAUAUGAAAGCAUUAAUGAGCAUGACACAGCCAGCUCUCGUUCGUGAACAACUUAAUCAACUUUAUUCCGAUUUGGAGCUAGAAGGUUUUGAAGCGAGGCUAAAACUCGAGGAGGAAAUUGAUUAUGAUGACAAUAAAAUUGAUCAAAACAACGAAGUUAGUUUUCAAAGUUGCAGUAUAAACCGAAGUGGAGCUUGGUGAGGAAAACGAACUUAAGGAAACAAAAUGGAGUUUAAUACUUUAUAACUUGCACUUUCAAUUUUGCUAUAUAAGAAAAAAUUCUUUUAUCAAUAAGUGCAGGAUAAUUUUUAUUUCAUUUUUAUUCCAUAUGUUUGCGAAUACCAAAUACAUUUUUGUAUUAAGGAAUUGAAUUUUACUAAAUGUCAUCUCAGGAAUUUAAAAAGUGAAAUUUUUAUACUUAUUAUUAUAUUUAUAUAUUUACAUUAAAUUUUUGUUUGUGAUAUAUAUUUAUAUAUUAAAAAUUUAAAUAUUUCCAAUAUAUAUUAGAAUUAUUGAUAAAUAAUUAUUAAUCAAUAAUAGUAAAUAGAAAAUUCAUUAUUUAAAAUGAAAAAAAUUCACUGUUGAAAUUAAUUAUAAUUCCUGUAAUUCUAAUGUUGAUGAAAAUUCCGAGGCGACAUUAGAAAGAAUUCCGUCGUGUCGACGUUUAGCCAUAAAAAAAAAAAAAUAAUAAUUAGUACUGUGCGAAAGAUUAAAUUAAGAAUUUGCAAUUUUAUAAACAAGGGAUCAUAUCUGAAUAUGAACGAAAAAAUCAUUUUUUAGUGUUUAGAACAAAUUAUUUAAAACAUUAGCUUAUUGUGUAUAUAUUAAUAAUUUUCUUAAGAGACAAUUUAAUUUAAUUCAUAUUAGUCAUAAUAGGAAUUUAAAAAAAAUUAAAACUUUUAAGUAAAUUAAGAAAUGCACAAGUUUUUUUUUUUAUAUCUUCAUUCUAAUUUUUCAUAAACAAUUUAAAAGUACACAAUACUAUAUAUUCGAGAAAAUUAAUUUAUUUUUGAUAUAGAAAGUAAUUUCAAUUUUUAAAUAUGUCUUAAAAUUUAUCGUGUUAUAAUUUUAUCGAUGUAUAUUAUUAAUAAAAAAAAAAAAAAAAAAAACAAGAAUUAAAAGAAAACUGUAUAUUUUAUAAGUAUAUUAUUAUAUAUUUAUUUUAUACAUUUUAAAACUUGUGCCAUGUACAUUUUUCAUCAAUCGAAAAUUAUUUUAUUCUAUUUUUAUAAAUAUGUGAAGCUGAACGUUGACACAAAUAACUAUCACAAUGUGCCAAUAAUAUUAUUGAAUUUUAAAUUAUUUUUAUAAAUUAUAAUAAUAAUAAUUUGUCAUUCAAUAUUUAAUUUAAAUAUAAAAAGCCAUUUAAUUACGCACUAGAAGAAAGAAAAAAGUUGAAAAAGAUGAUUCAAGGGACAACUUUCAGUUGCCGAUUUGACAUUAUCAAAUAUUCAAUUAUUAAUUAUUAAUUAUUAAUAAUUAAAAUUCAUUAAAGUGUUAAAAUAUGUGCCGUGCAUUUAUAAAAUUUUACUCUGAUAUGAAAUUUUUUAUUACAAUUUCAGUAAAAUUUUCAAAAACAAAUAAAAUAAUUAUAAAUUUUUGAAUAUGUUUAUAAGAUGCACAUUUAAUAUUAAUUAAUUACUAUUUCUAAGCCAAAUAUUUUUAAGUAUAUGUUUUUUUUUACCUAAUAAUUUAGUAAAAAACCAAUUAACCCUUCGACUGUCAAAAUAAUAUUCUUAUUAUUAAUAAACAAUAUUCUUGAUUAUUUCCGUAAUUCAGAAUUUAUUUUAAUUAAGCUUAAUUUUGAAUUAAUACAUUUUUUUUUUUUGGAUAAAAGAAAAAUUUUUCUCAGUACUAUAAUGAUAGUUGAAGAGUUGAUAUCUCAGGAUUUAUAUGAUAUUGUAUUUUCAUAAUUUAUAAUUAUAAAUCAUUUUACCGUACGAUUUUUUUUUUUUUUUUUUUUGAAUCUACGAGCGACUGUUUUCUAUGAUUUUUUUUUCACACGGUAUUGCCUUAAUAACCGAUGUUAGAACUUAGCGUUAAAUUUUAAGAUCUUGACUUGUCGUAAAUGAGAAAAUAAAAAAAAUAUUGAAAUAAAUGUUAUUGGAUGUAUAGUUUUUCAGAAUAAAAAGAAAUAUUAAAGGUUAAUUAAUAUCAAAUCAUAAAUAUUACAAACGAUUGAAAAUAAUUUAUUAUUUAUUAUUGUUGAUGUUUAAAAAAAAAUAAAUGUGAAAUUGUUUCUUAAAAA